GCGGCGGCAGCAGAGAUCGACACGGUGUUUCCUCUCGUCUCUGUCUCAGACUCAGAUCUGAUCAGGACCAAGAUCCACGUUCAGGUUCUCGGCAGCAGACGGUUCAUCGGCGGGUGAAACACCUUCAGGAAGAAUAAAAACCGUUGAGCUUCACCAUGGCAACAGAGGAUGGAGAGGAUGUCCAGCAAGCAGAGAAAGUUGGUUUGAAGAGGAAGCUGACGGGUCCCCCAAGGCUGCUGCUCGGAAAAACCAGGACCAGGAGUGUCGGGGAGGACAGACCUGAGGCUCAGACUAACACAGACAGAGAUGAAUACUCCCUGAAAAACUCAGAGAGUGAAACCACUGAGCUGACAGAAGGACAUGAUGUGGAGGAGGAGAUUUUACCUGAAGUAAAGGCAGAGAGCAGCAGGGGGCGCUGUGACGACACAGGUGAGGAUGAUGGCAUCAGGAACAGGAAUUUAAACCGACGUAGGUGGUGGAGGAGGUUCUCCUCAGUGGUUGUUUGUAUCAGGAGGCAAAAGAAGGAGAACCAGCAAAAUCUAGAGGUGGACACUGCAGGGAGGAGAAGGUUCAACAUGAGGUUCAGGAUUUCCUCCAAAGUCUGGACUCAGGAGCAGAAGACAGAUGCAGAGGAACCAUCUCUGACUUUCCAGAACAAACUGAGAAGGUUCUUCAGAGGAAGGGAGGAGCAGGUCAUCAGGUCUGACUCUGGAGAACAUGGAGGACACGACGAGGAUCAAGGAGGCUCCGUGUUUGCCUGACAAACUCCAGAGAGACGGGACCAAUCUAAGUCCAGAGACUGUGGCAGUCACAGCUGAGAUGGACGACCGGUCAACUGAAGACAGAGCUGCAGCAGAGAGUCCGGACGAAUCACCACCAGACGUCACAGAGGAUCUGACCGCUGACAGAUCAGACACAAUCCAAACGGACAGCAAGGUCGUCGAAGUUGCCGCAGACACACACAAGGUUCCUGCUGAAGACCUGAUUGAGGUUUUCUCCACCAAAGUGGACCAGGACCUCAACGACCAUCUCCCAGCCAGGACUGUUCCACCUGAGGAGAAGACAAAUCAAGCUGCCUCCCAGCCUCUUCAACCAUCAAUGAACGGACCCUCCAUCUGGAUCGAGGUGGUUCCUCCAGAUGACGUCUCUCUGGAGGAUGAAGAUGAGGAGGGGGACUGGGAGGGCAGCCCCUCCUCAGAGAACCAGAACCACCUCCUCCUUCUGCUCAGCUUCGACCACAGGGAACAGCAGCUGCUUCAGACAGCUCGCUCUCUGGUCCGAGUCGCCAUGAACGCUGCCGUGGAUCAGCUGACCAGGGAACAGCAGAGUGGCUCGGAACCACAGGGCUGCAGAGCCUGACUGCCAGUUUCAGAUCAGAGGAGAUGGAAGGUGGACACUUUGCCCUGAGCUGUGCCUUACAGGCAGCAAGAGCUCUGCCCAUCAAAUAAGUCAUUCAUGCGAUGUUUAAAGCAGCUAAAGCCAGUAUUUUUAUAAACUCACAGGACAAUCUCUGCUGAUCUUCCUUUUCAGCAUCUUUUGGCUCCUAGUUUUGUUUUUGCAGCACAUUUCCUGUUUUCAGAAUAAAAGCUCUGAGGAGGUAGAGGAGACCAAACAGAGUUAAAACAGAGGGAAUACUGGACUCAGAUUCAUCAGAGUCAAACACCACAACACAUGUUGUGUUCACAGCCUGGAGGACAAACAAACAAACAAACAGUUACUGUAGGUUUAAGCUUCAUGUUUCCAUAGAGUACACCCCCUAGUGUUCAGGGGAGGUUAUGAAAUAUUUUGACAUAUAACACAACAUAUGAACCAAUGUGCAUCUGCUCUGUACGUUACACAGCUAGCACAGCCUGUGGCACAUAGUUCAUACAGUCACGUGCCACAGUAAGUUAGCAUAAAAACUAAUUAGCUAACUUUUUGAUGGCAUAUUAAGCUAACAUCUGUAGCACAUUAGCUGUGUAACGUACAGUUCAUACAGUCUGAAAUCCACCACAAAAGUUUCCAACGUACACGAGGCGAAUCCUGAACCAAGAAAAAUGGAAGAAGGUUGACAAACACAUUGGCGGUCAUGAAGGUUCCCACAGCAAUGAACAGCUGUGUGGAAACGAGGCGUAAAUUUGUCUUCAAGUAAAAUCUACCUGACAGUCACAGCUCAGGGCAAAAUGUCUCCUGAAAAGAACAAGGUGAUUUUUAAAAAGUAUUUGUGAUCGAUCAGUUUAUUUCAGCUCAUUCUGGAUUCAACAUGUUUCUGUGAACGUUUUCAAUAAAUUUGACUCAGUUUUGUUUGAAUCAGUUUUAAAUGUUUAGUUUAAAAAACAGAUUUUCAGGAUUAAACUUGAGUUCAUGUCAGAAUGACUCCAACAUGUAAAAAUAAAUGUGACCAUAAACAUAUUGAUUGAUAUAUUGAUAUUGAACAUUUUGUGCUAAAACUCUGAACAUUAAAGAAAUAAAACUCCUCAGCUGCAUCUGUGUGUGAAGUUAUUUCAGGAACCGAUCAAACUGACUCAUCAAUCAACUUAAUUAAUGACAGACUAUCCUAGUCAGACCAUGUUUGUGUUCAGACCUCUAAGCUGCCUCGUCUCUGAACCUUCAGACUUCUCUGUUUGGUCAGAG